AUGCAAGCUCAACUGGAUUUAUGCCAGCAAAGUUGCCCAAAAUCGACCAGCAAACGGGAUAAUGUUGAUCCAAAAGAAACAGAAGCUUCUGGGGAUCUUGAUUCAGAGCUGACAAAAACUAAGGAUUCAGCAACCAGUCGGGGAUUCGACGUAACUGAACAAGAUGAUAUUUAUGCACAAUGCGCUGGAUUGGCCAAUUUUAUCGAGUUACCUUUUUUGAAACAAAUUCGUCGUGAAUGUCUUUCGUUGAUGGAGAAUGCUGAAAAUCGUGAAACUCGCAUUAUUGGCUUGCUGGCAUAUCAGAGGCUCGAGCAAUUGUUAUGUGCUGCAGGAUACAAACAAAAUAUGAAUCGUUUAAAAUUUGAGCAAAGCAUUGAUUCAUUUUGCGAUUUUAAUUUGAGAAAAAUUGCACCACUGUGUCGUGCUAUUGCUGCUCGCCAUUGCAUUUUGCUAUUCAACAAGGUGAGCAUUUUUACUCAUACUGGCCGGCGAGUUGUACCAACUAGGAAUUUUUGA